AUUUAGAUGAAAGAAUGGAGGAUUUAAGGUUAUGAGAAAGGAGAGAAGAAGAAGAAUUUGAACCUGUUUUUAUCUUUCUGAGAAUGGCUUAUACGGUUGCCAUUGAGAUCGUAAAUUAACUGGCAGAGGGUUUUUGAAAGAUGGGAGAGAAACUGAAGAAUCUUAAGAACGUGGAAGAAGCAGUUGCUGAAAAAGUGUUUACUCAUCAAUGGAGAAGGCUUUUUCACCAAAUACAAGCAAUAUAAAGCAAGAGAAAUCGUCGAACCGUUCCAGUCAUCACAAACAAGAUUUGGCUUGGAACUAUGUUAGAGAAGCUAUUGAUUCAAGACGGAGAAAAGUUAUAACUUGUGGCUUUUGUGGUAAACAAUACGUUGGAAGUGAAAUAAAUAGAAUGAAACAUCACUUGGCUGGAUUGAAUAAUAGAAGUGCAUGCCAAAAGGUUUCUUCCGAGGUUCAACAUUCGAUGAGAAAAUCAUUGGAAGAAAACAAAGAGAAACCGAAGAAAAUAAUCGUUGUGGAUCUUGAUAUGCAAGACGAUGAAGUAAAUGUUGGUCAAAGUUCUCAUCAAUCUUGCAGUUCUUCAAGUCGAAAAAGAAAGGUUCAACAUUCGAUGAGAAAAUCAUUGGAAGAAACCGAAGAGAAACUGAAGCAAAUAAUUGUUGUUGAUCUUGAUAUGCAAGACAAUGAAGUAAAUGUUGGUCAAAGUUCUCUUCAAUCAUUCAGUUCUUCAAAUCGAAAAAGAAAGAGAGAAACCAAAACAAAACCAGUAAUAAUAGAGACAAUGACGGAAUCGGCUAAGCAACACAUUGAACGAAUUCGUCGGACUAAGUUUUCAAUCGGUGGAGCUGAGAAUCCGUUGACGGAGGAUCUUCAUCAAGCUGUGAAGAAUCUCUCCGCUGAGCUCUAUGCAAAGGAUGUUCACUUUCUUAUGGAACUUAUCCAAAAUGCGGAAGAUAACGAGUAUCCAGAAGGUGUGGAUCCAUCUCUUGAAUUUGUGAUAACAUCUGAGGAUAUCACAAACACCGGAGCUCCAGCCACUCUUCUUAUUUUCAACAAUGAGAAAGGUUUCUCUGAGAAAAACAUUGAGUCCAUCUGCAGUGUUGGACGGUCUACAAAGAAAGGCAAUCGAAAAUGCGGUUACAUCGGAGAGAAAGGAAUCGGUUUCAAGAGUGUGUUUCUGAUUACGUCGCAGCCUUAUAUCUUCAGCAAUGGCUAUCAGAUUCGCUUCAAUGAGGCACCUUGCAGCCACUGCAGCCUUGGCUACAUUGUUCCUGAGUGGGUUGACCAACAUCCUUCUCUUGUUGAUAUACAAAGGAUGUAUGGUUCGGGUUCUGCUCUUCCGACCACAACCAUUAUCUUGCCUUUGAAGAGUGACAAAGUAAAGCCGGUGAAAGAACAGCUUUCCAAUGUUCAUCCUGAGGUUCUGUUGUUUUUGUCAAAGAUCAAACGUCUCUCUAUCAGAGAACAUUGCCUAGAUCCUAAGCUCAGUACUGUGAACUCAAUAGGGAUUGUUAGUGAGACUAACUUUGUGACGAGGAAGAGCAUUGAUGCGGAGUCAUACACGAUACAUCUCUCAGCUUCUGAGAAAGGGAAAAACUCUGAACAAGAAUGCUCCUACUAUAUGUGGAGGCAAAAGUUUCCAGUGAAACAUGAGAACCGUGUGGACAGGAGAAGCGAAGUUGAGGAGUGGGUGAUCACUUUAGCGUUUCCAUUCGGAGAGCGUCUUGGCCAUGGAAAUAACUCUCCUGGUAUCUAUGCGUUUCUUCCCACAGAAAUGGUAACAAACUUUCCCUUCAUCAUUCAAGCCGAUUUCAUUCUAGCAUCGUCUAGAGAAAUGAUCCUUUUAGAUGAUAUAUGGAACCAAGGGAUUCUCAACUGUGUACCUCUAGCAUUUUUGAAUGCAUUCACGUCUUUGGUCAAAACGACUGAUGCUCCAGUGUCUAGUUUGCUGCCUGCUUUUAGGUUCUUGCCUGUAAAAGAAUCUAACUAUGCAAAGCUGAAUGUGGUCCGAGAAUCUAUCAGGGCAAGGGUUUGUGCAGAGGAAAUUGUACCAAGCAUAUCUCAUCAAGGACAGAAGUUCUUUUACAAGCCGUGUGAAGUUGGUCGUCUCAUACCUACUUUCUGGGACAUCUUAGAGAAAGCAGGAAGUGAAGGUGCGAGUCUGCAGAACAUAUCAUCACAUGGCAUCUACAUUUUGAAUUCCGCUUUUGACAGAACAGAAUAUGACAACGUUUUGAACUUCUUGGGUCUGAAGCAAGUAAGCAACGAAUGGUAUGUAAAAUGCAUUCAGGGCUGUGAUCUCGUGACAAGUGUGUCAGAAGCUACGUAUGUGGAGGUUCUACUCUUCAUCGCUGAGAAUUGGCAGUGCAGGUUUCAGAAUACAAAUAUGGGGAAAGUUCCCCUUAUCAAGUAUGUUGUCCAAAAGGGAGUGAGUUCUCUCAGCAGUUUGGGUGGUUUCAGUCCUAGGACUUUAUGCUUGUCCACAGAGAAGAACCAGGCAUGGCUACUUGAUUGGAACGAUGAGUUCAGAUGUAUGUCUAACUUCGUCUUCAUGCCACCAACAACCCGGACAGCGUUGAAAGUGUGCUCCAAGAAGGAGAUAAUUCAUACUUGGCUCAAAGAGAACGUUAAAGUCAUUACUCUUAGUGUCUCUGACUAUGCAAAACAUCUCCGUGAGAAUCUUAAUGGAGAUAAGAGGCUUGUUGUUGCAUAUGCACACUUUCUGCAUCACUCAAUCUCAAAGGAUUUUUUAUCAAAAGAAGAAGCGGGUAAAUGCUGCAAAGACAUGCCGCUUGUGGACAACUAUGGGAAUGUAAACAUAAGCAGGAAUGGGGUUCUUGUUCCAGCUAGUGCAGGUAAAUGGGUUAGCUUAGUUGGUUCCAAUCCGUGGAGACAUAGUGGCUACAUUGAACUUUCAGAAGAGUAUUUGUUGUCGAACAGGUUCGCUGGUCUUCGGUCUAACAAGAAAGACCUUCUCGGGUUCUUGAAAUCUUCUGUUGAGGCUGGAGAUAUACCUGACAUAGAACCUCCUAAUGUUGCUAUACCUGCAUUGUCAGGGCCUCUUACAAAGGAGAAUGUUUUGUUGCUGUUAGAGUGGAUUAAUAAGUGUAACAGACAUUCUCUUCGUUCCAACUUUUUGAAUUCUGUUAGAGGAGGAAGUUGGCUGAGAACAACAAUGAAUGGGGUUUCUGAUUAUCGGCCGCCUUCUCAGUCGUUUUAUCAUACUUCAUCAUGGGGAAGUAUUCUUCAGAACGGUUCAAUUCUUGUUGAUAUUCCGCUCGUUGAUCGAAGCUACUAUGGCAACGAGAUUGAGAAGUACAAAGAAGAGUUGAAAAUUGCUGGUGUCAUGUUUGAGUUCAGUGAAGUAUGUAGAUUUGUUGGCAACCACCUGAUGAGUUUAGCUGAGACGUCAACACAGUCAAGCGCAAACGUGUUCUCAAUACUGAAAUUCAUCAGGUACUUGAGAGAGAAGCGCCUCUCACCAGCUGAUUUCAUCACUGCUGUCAAAAAUGGUCCUUGGCUGAAGACUAUUUCUGGUUACCGAUCUCCAGAUGGAGCUGUUUUGUUCAGCGAGGAAUGGAAAGCUGCGUCGUUGAUCAGUGACAUCCCAUUCAUUGACAGAGGUUUCUAUGGUGUAGUUAGCCUCAAUGGUUAUAAGGAAGAGCUUGAGUUGCUUGGCGUUGUAGUUAAGUUUCCUGAUAACUACAGCCUCAUCGUUUCACAUUUGAAUACUGCAAAGCUGACUUACUUGACACCUGAUGCAAUGUUCCUAGUACUUGACUGCAUGCGUCAACUGAGUCCACAUAGGCUGAUCAAUGCCCUGUGGAAUUCUUCUCAGUGCUUCAAGACAAAGAAGAAUGGCUAUAAAUCUCCUGCUGAAUGUUUCAUACCUGAUCCAGAGUGGACUUGUCUUCUUUCUGUUUUUGAUUGCUUCCCUUUGAUCGAUGAUGAUUUCUAUGGCAGCAGAAUCUUUGCCUACAAAGGAGAACUGAAGCAGAUUGGUGUUAAGCUUCAGCUUGAAGAAGCUGUGAAAAUGUUUGUGAGUACAUUUAAACAGAAAGCUAUCUCCUCUGGGCUAACACGAUGUACCGCAUCGUCUCUUUUAUCUUGCUACAAGAAGCUGAUGGGAAGUUUGUACAAAUAUCCUGAAGAACUUAUGAAAAGCUUCAAACAGUUUCAAUGGCUGCAUACCAAACUUGGUGAUUUUCGUGCACCAAAGGACUGUAUUCUCUUUGAUUCAGAAUGGGAACCUCUCCGCCUCAUAGCGAAUCUUCCCUUUAUCGAUGAUGGUCCGAACUGGUAUGGCAAGAGCAUACACGAGUUCAGAAAAGAGCUCGAGAGUUUGGGAGUUACAGUUGAGCUGAGGAAAGGCAUGAGCCAUGUGAUCAGCUCCUUAAGUCUCCCUGAUCCAUCUCGCAUCGCUCCUUCAAGCGCCUUGUCUCUUUUUAGGUGCAUCAAGUUCUUGCGUGAAGACAGAUUUCAGCAACUCCCUAAAGAGCUUCUUGAUAAGGUCUCAGUAAAAUGGUUGAAGACACAUGCAGGUUACCGCAGUCCCGAGGAGUGUCUCUUGUUUGAUAGGACCUGGAAGUUAGAGCCGUGUGAUGGUCCCUUCAUCGACGAAGAGUAUUAUGGCUCAGAUAUUAAUUCGUUUAGAGAAGAGCUUAUUGCGAUAGGAGUUGGUCAUGAUUCAGACAAAGCUUGCCAGUUGCUUGCAAGAAAUGUCUAUAAACUCUCAGAAACUGAUGCUAUUUCCCGGGUUUAUAGAUUUCUUAGUGAAGCUGAAUGGAAACCUGAGAAAGGUGCCUCUUCAGGUCGGAUUUGGAUACCAAGUGAUGAGAAAUGGGCUGAUAUUUCUAGUUGUGUGCUCUUUGACAAAGAUAAGCUCUUUGGAUCAAAGUUUAACGUUCUUGAAAACCACUAUUGUAGUGGUAAGGAUCAUAACCUUCUUGGUUUCUUCUCAUCUGCAUUUGGCGUGAGAAUUAAUCCGUCUAUUGAAGAUUACUGCGAGUUGUGGAAAUAUUGGGAGAAAACUAAGAACAGAUUGUCUAGUCAUGAGUGUUGUGCGUUCUGGAGCUUUGUUGUGCGACAUGGUGACACGGUGAAAGCAGAGAAGCUCCUCUCUGAGUCCUUUUCGCGUUUGCCUGUACACUCACCGGAUUGCAACAACAACGACGGAGUCAUGUUAUCUAGCAUAAGCGACGUGUUCAUAGCUGAUGACUUGCUCUUGAAAGAUAUGUUUAUUGAUUCUCCUGUUUUCGUUUGGUAUCCAACUCCAAGCAUUCCUACAUUGUCCCGAACCAGACUUAUUGAGAUUUAUCGAAACAUCGGUGUCAAAGAGGUCUCCAAAUGCGUCGAGAUCGCAGAAGCUGAUCUAACCGGAUUCAAAACCGAGCUGCAAGAGGUUGUUGAUCCAAAGAAGAACCUGAUUGGACCGGGGCUAGUGAAGCUCAUUCUCGCGUUCCUCUCUGAUCCAUCUCUCAAGGUAGAAACUGCUGAACGUUUAAGAAUCAUACAUAGCCUUGUUGACAUCGACGUUAAAGAAACUUCGGAGACUAUCACAACGGAGUAUACUCUGAGUCUACCUUCAAAGGGAGAGAAGCUGAUUGCAAAGGCUAAGAGGAUGAUAAGAUGGGAAAGGGAGAAAGGAGUGGUUUAUGCAGAGAAGAUGGAGAAAACUUGUGGUAAAAGAAAGCUUUUGGAGUACGCCACGUGUUUCGCUGAGGUGAUUGCUAAGGGUGUGAUGUGGGAGAGAGAGGAUCUGAUCGGACGGUUAUCAGAGCUUGUGAAGAUGGCUUACUUGGUUGAGUUUGAUGAAGAGGCUUUAGAGUUUCUUAUGAAGUCUAAGAACCUUCAGGUCUAUGAAGAAGAUGAGAAACUAAUCUCAGAUGAGUUCUCUCAAGUAAACUAAGAUUUCUUCUUCUAUCACAAGUAUUCUCUAUGGCUAGUCUCUAUUUAUUUUGUCUACUCAAGACAUAACCUGCAACGUUUCUUGGAGUUUGGUCUUGAUCAAUAAUAGCUAGUACAUUUAUCUUCAAGUUUGGUGAUGAUGAGGAUACGAUAGCAAGGAGCAAGGAGGUCAGGAGUAUGAGAUUCUAGCAUUAUAUCAUGUUCAUCCAGGUAUCUAUCAUCUAUUGCUGAGUAUGUGAAGAGUGUAGAAGUUUUCUUGCGAACUUAUGUCUUAUGUUGAAUAAUUUGAAGUAAUGAAGAACAGUAGAAAACUUUGAUCAAUUUGCGUUUGGCUUUUGGUGUUUCCAUUUAGUAACAUUUUCGGAGAUUAUAGUAUGGCUAGUUAAUAACUGUAACCAAUAUAAUGUAAUCAUUUUGAUCAGUGCCAUAAAAACUCUUGAUUGUUAGC